CCGGGGAUUUCCGCGCUGCUCUGCAGCCAAUCAGAAUCGCUGCGGAAACACGGACAAGAAGCUGAACUUCUCUCUGUCAGCUUUAGGCACAUGCAGUAAAUUCGCGUCGACACCUCUCUUUAGACUCAUUUUAGGGUUUGUAACCAAGCUGAAAGCCACAGGGCUUCUGAUAGAGAGCGGGGGCAUCUGGACUCCUCCGCGCUGAAGAGGAGGCGAACCCACGAAGGCGGACAUCAGGGUCUCCACAGCCUCCACGCGUGAUGAAAAACAUGGACUUUUUCAAAGCAGAGGAGCCAACACCCAGUUCAGGAAUCAACCUUUAUUCGCACCAUUCUGCUUCCAAUGGAGAACUCGACUUAAUAACAGAACUUAUCAAUGGCUACCGUGAGUCACAGCCAGGCUCUCUUCCUGGGCCGCCCCCUCCUCCAGACCCUUACAGCCAGGGCGUUUCAAGCAGCUACGCUGUCCAGCAGAACCCCCAGUCUGCAUCAAAACCUGUGCUGGUACCCAGGGGCACUGCACCCAGCCCACUCGGCUCAAUUGCGUCUGCUCAUCAUUCCCACCCCUCUGGGUCCUUGGCGGGCCUCGCUGUUCAGGGCUGGGGGCUUUCUCGUUCGGUGACCAACAAGGCCUCCGUUUCUUCCCACCAAGGCCUCCAAAGCAACGCUAACAUGUUGGAGCAGAUUUUGGAGAAGCCCAAGCUGGUGGUGGUGGAGGAACCCAAGGACAGGGGAAUGCGGUUUCGCUACGAGUGUGAAGGACGCUCUGCCGGCAGCAUCCUAGGGGCUUCCAGUACCGAUAACAACAAGACGCAGCCCACAAUAGAGAUUCAGGGUCCCAUUGACCACAUCAAGAAAGUCACAGUAACGGUUUCUUUGGUCACCAAAGACAUUCCCUACCGGCCUCACCCCCACUGCCUCGUGGGUAAAGACUGCGUAGUCGGUUCUGGCAUCUGUGUGGUCUCCUUUAACCCUCAUACCACCCGGCGUCACAGCUUUUCCAAUCUUGGCAUCCAGUGUGUGAGAAGGAAAGAGUUGGACGUCUCACUUCAGAGAAGGAGAAGCCACAAUAUUGACCCUUUUAAGACUGGUCACACUAAGAGCAUUGAAGACAUCGACAUGAAUGCAGUACGGUUGUGUUUUGAGUGUGUGCUCGAGUGGGACGACGGCAGGAAGGACGCCCUUUCCCCAGUUGUCUCCAAACCAAUUUAUGACAAGAAGGCAACAACUACAUCAGAGCUGAAGAUCUGCCAACUGAAUUUGAACAGAGGGUCUUGCAGAGGAAAGACGGAGGUCUACAUGCUGUGCGACAAAGUGCAGAAAGAUGACAUAGAGAUCAUCUUCAAGCAAGGCUUGUGGAAGGCAAACGGAGAGUUUGCUCAGACAGACGUCCAUCGGCAGAUAGCCAUCGUGUUUAAAACCCCGCCCUACCAGGACCAAGACAUCACAGAGGAGGUCAAUGUAGGGGUCGUCCUGCGUCGCAUCUCAGACCAGAUGGAGAGCGAGCCCGUCACCUUCACGUACCUGCCACACAAUCCUGAUCCGUAUGAAGUGAAGCGAAAAAGAGCCACAAUAAAAAGGGACAUCAGUGUGACAGAGUCUACACCACCUCCAGAGCAGACUCUCACCUUCCCCGUGAAGACACAGUAUGUGAUGCCAUCAGAUGAGAGCCAACAUCCGAUUUCGCCUGCUGCAGAUAUGGCAAUUGGUGGUCCCGACUUUUUAGAAGACCCAUGUCUUCUAACUGAAUUCCUGUGUUGGGCUGGACAGAAUUCAUUACCGGAUAUUGACCCCACCCUUAUGAAUAUUAACCUCAAUGCAAACUAUGGAUCAUGCCCACAGGACUUUUCCCAGUUUAACGACCUCCAGUUUAAUAUACUUUUUAACGAGAGUCAGAUUGCACAAUCAGAACAGCAGGACAAUAUCAUGCAGGUAAAAACAGAGGAAGAGCUAUGAGGUAAUGGUAGUACACUUUUCCCCUCCGAUGUCUUUGUAUUUCAGACCGGUAUUGAUUUCCACAUGCAAAGAUCAGAUGAUGCCAGAUUGAGUUUUCCCAUACUGCAAAGGAGCAAACUGCACUUUGCUCCUGCUACUUGCACUGUGUAAUGUGGUUUUAGAUUUAUUUCAGUGUCAACAUGUCGGUUCUGUUUACAUUUUAAUUAGCCCAGAUCUUUUAACUUAACUUGAAAGCCUUGCUGGUCAAGGCUUGUCCAAUUCAUAACAUGUUAACAUGAAAACAUAAUCCCUGUGAGUGGUGCAAGCAUUAAUCUUAAGAAGUACAUGUCAUACUAAAGGCAUUCAGAGAUUCUUAUUUUAAUCCCCAAACAGUUCCAGAAAUCGCUACUCAGUUAAUCAUGUAUUAAGAAACGGAAUAUUUAGUUUGGCCUUUUCUGAUUUAUGGGAAAACUUCCUGCUAAAUCUUCAUCACAAGAUUUCACACAAGUCUUAACUUUGCCUGUUACUGCUAUCUUUAGAUGUGACCGCAGCAUUUGUUUAAUUAUCCACCUAGAUAUAAUAGAAACCACUCCUCCUUCUAUUCUUAGCCCUGUUUGUGUCAGUUCCCUUUGUGCCACAGUUUCGCUCCCGUGCUCUGAAUUCACCUCUUGUCACAUGUCCUACUUCGCCCCCUGUAGUGUAAAUAUGUGAAAUAAAAAACAUAUCAUAUAUAAGUGUGA